GUGUGCUGUGCCAUAAAAAUAGAAGGUCAGAGGGCGAAGCAAAAGAACAUUCGACUGAGGAACCGCGCAUCGACAUCACCGUCGCCGAGGAUGAUUAACACGCGCAGCCUACACUAGGAAAGAAACAUCUUGCUCAUCUUCCACCUCUUCUGAUGAGUCAUCGGAGGAGGAGGAGUUCUUCCGGUCGGACCAAGCUGAAUUCACCAUGUCAACACCACUGCCUGAACAUGGAGACAUCCCUCGAGGACAAGCAACUCAAGCUGGUGCAGCUACAAGUGCAAAUGAUUCUGUAAAUCCUACCGACAUCAGUUUACCUCAAUCCGACAUUCUCGAACCAGGGCAGUCUCCUCCGGUUCAGGUAAUGGAGAAGUCAGAUCCGGCCGACCCGAAUCGAAUUCCCUCCUCCAUCUUCGAAAGAUCCAAGUCAACGACUCCGAUGGAGUGGAGUGUGGCCUCCAACGAGUCGUUGUUCAGCAUCCAUGUAGGGAACUCCAGCUUCUCCAAGGAGAAUGUCGUCAGUCCGAUGGCAUCCUACUCGGUCCACGCGGAAAGUGGUGCGCUACAGGCCGCAGCGGAGGCAGCGAACGCCGAGGAACAUGCUCACAAGGAGCGGCGUCCAGCUGAGCAAACAGCAUUGCCGCCCAGCUUAUCUCGCAGCUCAGCUGAAUCCUUUGCGUUUCCAAUAUUGACAGGUGAAAGGAAAAGUGGUUCGUUCAAGGGGGAACCUGGACACCCACUGCAGCCAGAGAAGGCAGAGCAGCUCCCGCCGCAGACCGGAACACCAAAAGAAGCUCCGGCUGCAGGAGAAUCCAGAUGGUUCUCAUGCUUUUCUUGUUGCACAUCUUGCUGUUGA